CAAGCAGGAGCAGGAGGACAUCAGCAUUUAUAUUUUCUAUUACAAAUGGAGGAACAUAAAGAGGUUCAAUACUGUUUUCAAGACAGAAACUCUUCUUGCAGAAAGGCUUUGGUAUCGACAUCUAUCUACAUAACACUGUACAUCUUCUUCUCAUUGAUUUCAGCAGCUACAGUAUUUUUGAACAUACUGGUGAUCAUCUCCAUAUCUCACUUCAAGCAGCUCCACACUCCAACCAACCUGCUCAUCCUCUCUCUGGCUGUGUCAGAUCUCCUGGUGGGACUGAUUGUGAUACCUGUAAUGACUGUAGCAAUAAUGGAACCAUGCUGGGGUUUUGGGGAAUAUUUCUGUGUGUUUCUUCUCUACAUUAGUUGUUUGUGUACUUCUUUAUCUCUGGGCAGUUUGGUCUUGAUAUCUAUUGACCGCUAUGUUGCUGUGUGUGAUCCCUUAUUGUACCACUCUAAAAUAACAAUAACAAGAGUGAUGUGUUGUAUAUCCAUUACCUGGUGUUGUUCUAUCAUAUAUGAUGCUACUAUUAUAAAAGACAUUGUAAAUGUACAGGCACCCAGUCAGUGUUUGGAUGAAUGUUUUACUGGUGAAGGAUAUAUUUGGGGCAAUAUAAUUGACUUCAUAAUUUCAAUGGUUGUCCCAUGCUGUAUUAUUAUAACACUUUAUAUGAAAAUUUUUGUGGUGGCCAGAUCACAGGCCAGAAAG